AAGAGACGUCGGAAAAAUUGGAAGAUGUGAAAAAAUAAUCAUUCAAAAGCACAAUAAAUCAAAAAUUGCUCCAGUGAAGUUUCAACCUGGUACAAAGCAUAAUCAUAUAUACAAUCGUAGUUUACCGGCUAUUUAAAAACAGUCAAAAAAAUUUACCAGCUAAUUAAGUAGACCUUUAUGCUUGUAAUUCAGUACAAGUGAGACACAUUUUUUUUCACAUCUUCGCCAUUUUCAGCCGGUAUUUGUUUAGAACUCAAAAAUUAUGAAUAGUUUUGGACCGAUGAAGACUCUAUCAGCUGUGGCUUUGUUGCUUUUUUGCGUCCAAGCCUGCAUGGCCAAGAGACAUCCGAGGUUCAACAAACGAGAAGGGGAAGUCAUUUGCCGAGAAGAAUGUCUCCACGGGUUUGAGAGGGUUGAAGGUCUGGCGCAUUGCUACAAGAUGCUGGUUGAUCUGGGUCCGGUGAGCCAGGACAAGGCGGUAACUGCAUGUGGCUACGAGGAAGGGGCGACCGUCGUCACGUUCGACAAACAGGGCGAGGAACAAGUGUUGAGGGACCAUUUCUGGGACAAGUACCAAGAGGAGAUCCUCGCCAGCCCCGCCUACCUGGAAGACGGCGGCUACUGGACUGGCUAUGUGCGCUUCUUCGGCAACGUAUCCAACCACUACAUGAACAUGUACACAGGGGAUCCAAUGGAUGUUGACAUGUUCCUUUCUGGUCAACCAGAUGACCGAAUUCUCGGAAACAGAGGAGGUGAGGCCUGUGUGUGCAGGAAAGAGUUCCACAAGGAGGCUCUAAAGUGGAAUGGAGACCAGGGUCUGGACGACUACACGUGCGCCUAUCCUAAUUGGGUCAUCUGCAUGCAGCGCAACGUGUACGCCCUGAACAAGGAGGCGUGGAACUCUGCUUUGAUGAAUGGGGUGCAGUUGCCACUAGACGGCACCUGUGAGCUGGAUUGGGUCAACCAGAACUUCUACCAGCUGACCAUGAUGAAGGACAAGCGACUGGCAGCGGGGCGCCCGAAAGCACAGCAACUCGCCGACAGCUACAUGGAAAUCCUCAACACGGGCGCCAUACAAUCGCCGACUUGCCCUCAGUAAGAGUACAAGUUAUCAUUGUGACUAAAACCCCGCUCAAAAUUGAUUUUGACUCUAAAUCUAGUUUUAUUCUUGCUAAAUAUUCUACCUUAAACGACAAAUUGUAGAGAUUUGAUACAAAUUGAUUCAAUAAAAAUUUCAGUGCCAAAAAAUGUUAAUAAUUGUAUUAUUUGUACAGGACUGAAUAUCAAUUUUAAAACAAUAUAUGCUCAAAAGACUU